AUGUGUGAUUUUUUUUUUUUUUCCAUAGAAUUUUCCUUUUUUGACCCGAAUGAUGCCUCGUGUCAGGAUAUCCUGUUCGAUCCGAGCACCACGGUCUCCGAACUCUUCGCUAUAUUGAGGCAAUGGGUUCCUCAGGUUCAGCAGAGCAUUGAUGUCAUUGGGCACGAGAUCCUGAAGCGAGGAUGUAACGUCAAUGACCGGGACGGGCUGACAGACAUGACUCUCCUACAUUACACCUGCAAGUCCGGGGCGCAGGGGAUCGGGGACGCAGAUACGGCAGCCAAGUUUGCUUCUCAUCUGAUUGACAUCGGGGCGGAUAUAAGCCUGAGAAGCCGCUGGACCAACAUGAACGCCCUGCACUACGCCUCAUACUUCGACGUCCCGGAGUUGGUCCACGUCAUCCUGAAAGCUUCCAAACCAAAAGAUGUGGAUGCCACCUGCAGUGACUUUGAUUUCGGGACGGCGCUGCACAUUGCCGCUUCAAACCUGUGCUUGGGAGCCGCCAGAUCCCUGCUGGAGAACGGAGCCAAUCCCGCCUUCCGGGACGAUAAAGGACACACCCCUGCGGAUGUUGUUCCCGAUCCCAUCGAUAUGCCAUUGGAAAUGGCUGAUGCUGCCGCUGUUGCCAAAGAAAUCAAACAGGUUCUGCUGGACGCCGUGCCCCUCCUGCGGGAUCUCUCCACAUUCGUCCUCCCCAAGCAAGAUGGCGCCCUCAGGAACACACUGCGCCGGUCAGCUGGGCUGAAGCUGGGAGACCGAGUGCUGAUUGCCGGGCAGAAGGUCGGUACGCUGAGAUUCUGUGGCCCCACCCAGUUUGCCACCGGCCAAUGGGCCGGCAUUGAGAUGGACGAAUCCGAAGGAAAGAACGAUGGGAGUGUGGGCGGAGUUCAGUAUUUCAAGUGUUCGCCAAAACAUGGUAUUUUUGCUCCGCUGUCGAAGAUCAGACGGGCGAACGAGACGAUGAGGACUUUUAUCAGGAGUUCAUCUGUAAAGACGUCCACAUCCGUCAAAUCUCCCACAAAGAUCGACCUGAGCCGCGUGACGUCCAAAAUCAACACGGGUGAGUCUGAUCCGAGGGCCGGCACAGUGCCACGUGUUUAA